AUGGUACUAUCUGCACCGUCAACCGAGACAGUUGAUGACGUUGACCGAUUUUUGGCCACUCAGGAUGGACUAAUUCAACGACCUAAAGGCCCUGACUGCAGACAUUCAGCCCGACAAAAAUGCUCCAAUUGUCUCCCUUUAGAUCCCUUUGAUGAGGAGUAUCUUAAGAAAAAGGACAUUAAGCAUAUGAGCUUUCAUUCGUAUAUACGAAAAUUGACUGGCUCGGAAGGAAAGGGAACACAUCUUAAUAAACCAUUAGAUAAUAUACGUUGUUCGAUUAAUUUGAACUGUAACUCUCACAAACCAUUUCCCAAAGGAAUUUGCACAAAAUGUAAACCACAAGUUGUAACGUUGAAUCGACAAAAAUUUCGGCAUGUGGAUAAUAUUCAAAUUGAAAAUCAAGAUUUGGUCAACUCGUUUCUUGAUUAUUGGCGUGUGUCGGGACAUCAACGAAUGGGCUUUCUAAUCGGACAAUAUCAAUCCCAUAUGGAAGUUCCUCUUGGAAUCAAGGCCACGGUUGCUGCGAUUUAUGAGCCACCACAAAGCGAUAAAGAUGAUGGCAUUCAUAUUCUUGAGGAUCCGAAUGAAGAAGCCGUUGACAAGCUUCUUGAAUGGCUCGGACUAAAACGUGUCGGAUGGAUAUUCACAGAUUUGUGGACCGCAGACCGAGCUGCGGGUACUGUACAUUAUACGAGACACAAGGAUUCAUUCUUCCUCACGGCCGAGGAAUGCAUCACUGCCGCAGCUUUCCAGAACAAAUACAAAAACAUCACCGAGUACUGUAUGGAGAAAUACUUCGGAUCGAAGUUUGUUACCGUUGUGGCUUCUGGAGAUGAAACUCUUCACGUCAACUUCCACGGAUAUCAAGUCUCGAAUCAAUGCGCUGCAAUGGUUGAAGCGGAUAUCCUCUGCCCGACAAUAUACACACCAGAGCUUGCUUACGUUCGUGAGACGCCUUUGUCUGAAAAUCAUUACAUCACCGAUGUCCAAUAUUUGGAGAAAAAUGAAUAUGGAGCAGAAGUUUUGAAAAACGGACGACCUCUUCCUGUUGAAUAUUUAUUGGUCGAUGUUCCCGCUGGUAUGCCAAAAGAGCCGCAUUACACUUUCCAUGUUGGCAAAGUACCAUUUAAUGUUGAAAAUCGUCAAACAAUUGGGCAGAUUCAAGGAGGUCAAAAUUUUGCUGAAUACUGUGCAAGCUUCAGUGUUAAUCAGUUUUUGGAGCAGGCGACCAAUUUCCACUUUUUGUUGUAUUUGAUGACUAACGAUGUUUUGAGAAUUAAUGACUAUUGGGUUCAGAGAUUGUGUAAUGCUGUAACUCAGCAAGAUCGAGGAGCGGCGAUGGAUUGGACGAGAGAUUGCGAGGAUUUCCACCAACUCGUCGUUCUCUCUCAUGCUCAUACAGAAGAUGUGGCGGCAAUUCCUGGAGAAUCGGCAGCGAGCAGUGGCAAAUGGUCGUGCUCCCAUUGUACAUUUGAGAAUGAAAACGGUCGAACUGAUUGUUCGAUGUGCGGCCUUCCAGCAUCUACCUAA